UACAAGGGCUUGGACAUCAUCACGAACAAGGUUUCUCCCCAGGAGCAGCGUCUGUGCAGACACCACAUGAUCAGCUUUGUGGAUCCCCUUGUCUCUAACUACACGGUGGUGGACUUCAGAGACAAAGCCGUGGCUCUGAUAGAAGAUAUCUUUGCCCGUGACAAGAUCCCGAUUGUUGUGGGAGGAACCAACUACUACAUCGAGUCCCUGCUCUGGAAGGUCCUUAUCAACACCAAGGAGAAGGCCAGCACGGCCCCUGGGCCGGUCACCGACAGGAAAGUGGAGCUGGAGCAGAUGGACGGUGUCGAGCUCCAUCGCCGCCUGAGCCAGGUGGACCCAGAGAUGGCGGCCAAGCUGCACCCCCACGACAAGCGCAAAGUGGCCAGGAGCCUCCAAGUGUUUGAAGAGACGGGGAUCCCCCAUAGUGAAAUCUUGCACCAGCAGCAGGAGGAGGAAGGUGGGGGACCCUUAGGGGGACCCCUGAAAUACCCAUAUUCCUGCAUCCUGUGGCUCCAUGCAGACCAGGCAGCUCUGGACCAGCGGCUGGAGAAGCGGGUGGAUGACAUGCUGGCUGCGGGACUGCUGGAGGAGCUGCGGGACUUCCACCGACGCUACAACCAAGAGAAGGUGGCCCAGAACCGGCAGGAUUACCAGCACGGCAUCUUCCAGUCCAUCGGCUUCAAGGAGUUCCACGAGUAUCUCAUCAGCGAGGGGAAUUGCUCGCCCGAGACCAGUGCUCUGCUGCUGCAAAAAGGGAUCCAGGCCCUGAAACAGGUGACCAAGAGAUACGCCCGGAGGCAGAACAAGUGGGUCCGAAACCGCUUCCUGAGACGUCCCGGGCCCAACGUGCCCCCGGUGUAUGGCUUGGAGGUGUCUGAUCUCUUGCGGUGGGAGGAGGAUGUGCUGAAACCCGCUCUGGAGAUUGUGGAGAGCUUCAUCCAGGGACGCGAGCCCCCAGCAGAGCCUGUGAAGAUGGAGUAUGAUGUAAAUGAGAACAAACGGAGUCAUCGCGUGUGUGAGCUCUGCGACAGAGUCAUCAUCGGGGACAGGGAGUGGGCAGCUCACACACGAUCCAAAUCCCACCUGCACCACCUGAAGAAGAGGAGGAAGCUGGAGGCCGCCAGCCGUGCUGCAGAGACUGAGGGGGACAGUGGGGGCACAGAGACCUCGGGCGAGGACAGCAGCUUGCCUUCGCCGUAGGCCUGCAAACCAGCUGGCGACGGGGAGCAGCCACGCUUCCGCCCGUACGGCGAGGCAGCGACUUAGUCCUGGGUGGCCUUGAACCGAACGAGCUGAGUCAUUUUUUUCGGGAUGAGGCAGGUGUGUAAGUGACGGCCAAAGGCUGCAUCAGAUCCUCUUCAUGUGGCCUCACCGCGCCCGUGU